UGCCAUCAUACUUUCUUAGAGUUUGACCAUGCUGCAACCCAUGUUGCCGCUACAGCUGCUGUGAUAGCUGCCGUGGCAGCGGAGGUCAUGAGAUGCAGAAAGGAGCUUACGGAGGCCAGUCCUCCACCCCGGACACACCGACAUCGGUGGUCGUCUGGGGCUUCCGCGAGGAUGCCUUGCAGUUGCAGGGCUCCAAAGCCAUCGCAUGGAACGUCUUGGCCUUGGCACAGCCACCGCAGCUCGGUGAGGCGGCGGCGGUGCUCCACUGGAAGGUCCACCUGUGCUCGGCGAAGAGCCAAGUCAGUGACUGGGCAGUGGGCGACCGAAACACAUGGCGUAGCGUCCUUGCUGCAUCACGCAAUCCAUCAUCACCGACCUUGACGUUGCGUACUGGCAUCCUGACAUUGGAAGUCGAAGUGGCAAAAGGCGCUUGGCUGCCAGUGAGUUGGAGCAGUGCAAAGAUCGAGCUGCUGCAUGUUGCGCGGCCCUUUAGCAUUUGCGCAGCUCACAGGAGCCCAGACGCGGUGGAGCUCUGCAGCUGCCUCUGUCCCGAGGCCUAUGCUGCUUGCCUGCGCCAAACGCGGGAGGAGCCAAUCGUGGUCACCACGCCGGAGGAGUAUGCUGAAGCGUGGCGAGGCCUGGUGGAGGUGGAGGCCGCCGCCAGCGCGGUGGAGGAAGGCCUUGGGAGGCACUUGACCGACGUUUGGGUGGACUGGGAGGAGAGUGAAGGUGUCACCUAUGGCCGCUUUGAGGUGAAGGCAGCGCUCUUAUUCGCCCACAAGAUCAAGUUCCGCUCGGCGAUGCCGCUGGGCGAAUGGGGCUCCAGUUGGCUCUGCGUGAGGCGGCACCUCAAAGGCGGAGGUGUGCCCUGGCAUGGCCAUGGCGCGGUCAUCAAGGCCUCCUUUGAUGAGAAGGACUUGAUCUUCGCGGAGGAAGACGACACCUGGCAAGACAGCGGCUCCAGCCUUCGCAUCACCUUUCGGGUCAUCGCGACCGCGCCGCGCAGGAGUGGCGAGAAUGGCUUGGCCUCCGGCUACGCCCCUCCGGUGAAUGGGUUUUAUCUCUUGGAGCUCAUUCCCAAGGCACUUGCGGAGAGCUGUAUGGCCUUGGCUUUGGAGGAGCUGCCGCACUGUCCGUUAGUGCAACGUUUGGUCUUGGCCGGUCCCAGCGACGAAAGGUCGCUCGCUCCGGCGCCGGAGGUCGUGGAGGUCGCGGCGCUGCUGGACUCGUUGAACGACUCCCAGCGGCGUGCCGUGCACUAUGCGUUGCGGCAUCCCUUGGCACAAGUCCAGGGCCCGCCGGGCACUGGAAAGACGAUGACCACGGCAGUCUUAGCCACCUGCUUCGCCUGGCAGAACAUGAGCUCAGGCGAGAACCGGGCAGUGCUCCUGUGUACGCCGACGAACCGUGCUGCCGACUGUGCUGCCUCCUUCGUCGCGCGCGUGUGCAGGAGGCAAGGUCCGUGUGUGUGUGGAUGAUGAAUGGAGCGGAUGCACAUGAUUUAUCACAAAGUACUUUUCUGACUGCUUACGUACAUUUGUUCUGAUACGUUAUCACAU